AGAGAAUUGAUUAUUGGUGAUAGAUAAACUGGAAAGACAGCUAUUGCUAUUGAUACAAUCAUUAAUUAAAAACCAAACUUUGAUUCUGGUGAUAAGAAUAAAUAAUUAUAUUGCAUUUACGUUGCUAUUGGUUAAAAGAGAUCAACUGUUGCUAACUUAGUCAAAAUUCUUACUUAAGCUGGUGCUAUGAAAUAUACAAUUGUUGUUGCAGCUACUGCCUCCGAAGCUGCUCCACUUUAAUAUUUAGCACCAUAUUCUGGUUGUGCUAUUGGAGAAUAUUUCAGAGAUAAUGGAAUGCAUGCUCUUAUUAUUUAUGAUGAUCUUUCAAAAUAAGCCGUUGCUUAUAGAUAAAUGUCAUUAUUAUUGAGAAGACCACCAGGCAGAGAAGCCUAUCCAGGUGAUGUCUUUUAUUUGCAUUCCAGAUUGUUGGAAAGAGCAGCUAAACUUAAUUCUGAAAACGGUAAUGGAUCCUUAACUGCCUUGCCAGUUAUUGAAACAUAAGCUGGUGAUGUCUCUGCAUAUAUUCCAACCAAUGUUAUUUCUAUUACUGAUGGAUAAAUUUUCUUAGAAACUGAAUUGUUCUUUAAAGUAAAUAUAUAAUCCAAAAAUUAUUUCAAAGGGUAUUAGACCAGCUAUCAAUGUCGGUUUGUCUGUGUCAAGAGUCGGAUCAGCUGCUUAAAUUAAGGCUAUGAAGACAGUUGCUGGUAGACUUAAAUUAGAAUUGGCUUAAUACAGAGAAGUCGCUGCAUUUGCCCAAUUUGGUUCUGAUUUGGAUGCUGCUACAUAAUAAUUGUUAAAUAGAGGUGCUUAAUUAACAGAAUUACUCAAAUAAAAAUAAUACGUAAAUUAAAUUGUAAAAAUAUUAAAGGUACCAAUGUGUGCUGAAGAAUAAGUGUGUGUUAUUUAUGCAGGCGUCAGAGGAUUUUUAGAUAAAGUAUAAACUUCAGAAAUUGCUAAAUUUGAAGAGAAAUUCUUGAAUCAUCUCAGAACAAAUUAUCCAGCUAUGUUAGAAAGAAUUAGAAGGUAUUAUUAAUAAUGAUAAUUUAUAGUACUGGUGAAUUGAGCAAAUAAGACGAUGCUGAAUUGAAGAGUAUCUUAGAAGUCUUCAUUCCAGAAGCCGGUCUUGUUAUGAAAUAAUGAUCAAUUACAAUAAAAU